AUGAGCACACUGGACAGUCCGACAGAGAGGGUGACUCGAGAAGAAAAACAAGGAAAUGUCGAAGAGAGAGAAUUGUCUUCCUCUCUCUCUCUCUCUCUCUCUCUCUCUCUCUCUCUCUCUCUCUCUCUCUCUCUCUCUCUGCCUCUCUCUCUCUCCCUCACUCGCUCACUCACUCCUUUGGCUCUCUGUCUCUCUCGCGGCCAGGACUGCACAACGCGACAAGCCCCCAGCGCAUCCCCUGCUGCUCCCACGCGUGCCUCUCCCUCGCCCCCGACAUCCUCCAACGGCUUCCAAAUGGACCAAGCGCUCUCCAUGGCUAACGGUGGCACCUCACCUGCGCCCCAGACGGUCACAGCGAAGAACCCAAAGACUGCGGCGGCCAUGGCCAAUGACAUGAACAUUGUACGCAGGAAGCUCACUGGUUACGUUGGAUUCGCGAAUCUGCCCAACCAGUGGCAUCGCAAAAGUGUGCGCAAGGGGUUCAACUUCAACGUCAUGGUUGUUGGCGAGUCUGGACUCGGCAAGUCAACCCUCGUAAACACCCUCUUCAAUACUUCGCUGUACCCACCCAAGGAGCGCAAGCCCCGAAGCCUCGAUAUUUCUAAGACAGUUUCGAUACAGUCCAUCAGCGCGGACAUUGAAGAGAACGGUGUACGGCUGAGAUUGACCGUGGUGGACACGCCUGGAUUCGGCGACUUCAUCAACAAUGAUGAGUCCUGGGAUCCUAUCGUCAAGAACAUUGAGCAGCGCUUUGAUGCCUACUUGGACGCCGAGAACAAGGUCAACCGUGUCAACAUUGUCGACAACCGCAUUCACGCUGUUGUCUACUUCAUCCAGCCCACUGGCCACUCGCUGAAGCCCCUGGACAUUGAAGUGAUGAAGAAGCUUCACACCAAGGUCAACCUGAUUCCCGUCAUUGCCAAGGCCGACACCGUUACGGACGAUGAGAUUGAUAACUACAAGAAGAGGAUUCUUGCGGAUAUCCACUACCACAAGAUCCAGAUCUUCGAGGGACCACGGUAUGAGCUUGACGACGAAGAGACCAUUGCAGAGAACCAGGAGAUCAUGGCCAAGGUGCCAUUCGCCGUUGUUGGUUCCAACACCGAGGUCACCACCAUUGACGGUCGCAAGGUCCGUGGGCGUCAGCUGCCAUGGGGUGUUGUCGAGGUGGACAAUGAGGAGCACUGUGACUUUGUCAAGCUGCGCCAGAUGCUCAUCCGCACCCACAUGGAGGAGCUCAAGGAGAACACCAACAAUGCACUCUACGAAAACUACCGCUCCGAGAAGCUUGCAGGCAUGGGCAUCCAACAAGACGCUAGCGUGUUCAAGGAGGUCAACCCUGCAGUCAAGCAGGAGGAGGAGCGUUCGCUGCACGAGCAGAAGCUCCAGAAGAUGGAGCUGGAGAUGAAGAUGGUGUUCCAGCAGAAGGUGCAGGAGAAGGAGAGCAAGCUACGACAGAGCGAGGAGGAGCUGUACGCGCGUCACAAGGAGAUGAAGGACCAGCUCGACCGACAACGACAGGAGCUUGAGGAGAAGAAGGCACGCAUCGAAUCCGGGCGGCCGAUUGAGGAGAAGGGCAAGAGGAAGGGAUUCUCUCUCCGUUAA